UUAAAUAUCAUUUAAUUAGAAAAGUCUUUUUAAUCUUUUCCUCCGUCUCUCAAAUUUUCUCAAGACUACCCUAACAUUUGUAUGUUUCCAUGCUAUAUAUUUGAAGCUAGCUAUAGUUCAUUUGAAUACAAAAGUGACAAGAAAUAAGAAAGAAGAAAAUGGAGAAACUUUUGUUGAAGGCUUUCUUAUUUUUGGCAAUAACAAUUUUGCCUUCAACUCAUGGGCUUGAUCAAAGUCCAAAAGGAGUGGAAAAAUGGUUCAAGAAGCUUCCCCACGCAAAAGAGAAAAUGACCAAACUUCACUUCUACUUUCAUGAUACUAUGACUGGAAAGAACCCAUCAGCAAUCCAAAUAGCCCAAGCCAAUAUUACAUCUCAAUCACCAACAUUGUUUGGAGUACUGAGGAUGAUGGACAAUCCGUUGACGGUUAAGCCCGAGCCCAACUCAGAAAUAAUAGGCCGAGCCCAAGGGAUCUAUGGCUCGGCCUCGUUUAAAGAUGUAGAAUUUCUUAUGACUCUCAAUCUUGUCUUCACUAAGGGUAAGUACAAUGGUAGCACACUUAGCGUCCUUGGGCACAACCAGAUAUUUCACGAGUAUCGAGAAAUGCCCAUUGUUGGUGGUUCGGGUGUUUUCCGACUAGCAUGAGGCAUCGCCACCGCGAAAACCUACUGGGUCAAUAUCACCGCACAAAAUGCAAUAGUUGAAUACCAUGUUGUGGUUUUGCAUUAUUGAAGUCUCCUUGUUUGUUUUGAUUGUUCAUAAUGUAUUGUUGAUUGUGGUCCAGUGACUUUCUUGUGAUGCCAAUAAUCUGGAAUGUGUAUAACAAAAAAAUAAAUUAAUGUUUGUUGCCUGUUACUUUGGGAUCUAGCAGGAAAAUUUGUAACCGUUUGGCGUGUAUGA